GAUCAGGAUGCAUGGAUACUGGGACGGAGGAUAGUGGUAGAAAUUAGAGUGAGGGAGAGAGUGAGAAAGAGAAAGAAAGAGGAGGAGGAAGAGGUAAAAAGGCAAGCCAUAGUAGGACAUACAGUGUUGGAGGGCAGCAUAGUGUAGCAUACUGCUAUGUUGUUAUUAUGGAGUGGGCAUGGAACCAGAGGACCAAAACAAGAAGAGAGGGGAUACAGUGAUUACACAGCCUGGCUGUCUUCAGGAUCAAUAAAGGAUAGAUGAGUUCAGAAUCUGAGCAUUGGAAAACAGGUCUGGUUAAGUAGCCUUGCUUUGCAGAAUGGACUGCCUGCAGAACCCAGGAGUUUUAACUGCACCACAAAGGGAUAUAAGAUUUAUGAACAAAGUCACUCCAAACCUUAAGGGCUCAUAAGGACAAGGAAAAGAAAGAGGAAUACUCACUUCUGACAUCUGGAAUCAAGAUUGUAAGACAUCUUGCACAGACGGAUCAAACAAAUGCUCAGGCGGAUGUAAUGGUGUGGAAACGCUCCUGCUCUCUUGAAUAAUCACACUUUUGAGUCAAUCAGACAAGGGAUGGGGAGAAGAGCAGCCGACCUGACGACUCCGGUUCCAGUUUUAGGUGUCCCUGCCCUGGUUGGAGUGCGAGGUUGGAAAACAACGGGAGGAGACAGAACCGGAGGAGCCCUGCUGCAGGCGUGUGGCCUUCACUGCAGCGUUGGAAUUCAAACAUCCCCGGGGAUAAGCAGACCACCUACCCUGCAUUGUGCAAAGCUUACUGAUACACUCUCCACAGCAUCGGAUAACAUCACAAAAACACCUAGCAGCUAUUUUACCAAGGAAUCAGACUGUAAGGACAUACUACAGCUAAUGAAGACUGAUGGGGACAAAAGGGCUAUUUUAAAACAAAAAAGCGGAGAAUCUAAAAUCAAAAAGGAAGUCACUUUCAAAGCGCCUGCAGGUGAGGUCUCAAAGGAUGUGACCUGUAGUCAGAGGAACAGCAGUGGGACUUAUUGCUAUGCCAGAGCAAUCAAGACCAACACACACUUGGCAGGAAGUGCAGCCAAUGUCAGGCCCAAAUUAAAAUCUAUUGGUCGCUACACCAACGGCAGUGUGGUUGAUUCCGAGGCAAUUGGUGGCAUUAGUGUUGAUAACGAUGAAUCAGUGUCGGUAAAGGGCGCAGUCUCAUGUCGAAGAGACCAAAACAGACUGCAAGGUCAUUAUGCAGAGCAGCCCGGGAAGACACUGUCACUAUCUGCCGCCCGACCUGCCGGCGUUCAGCAAAAAAUAUGCAGCCAUUGCGGUGGGAGACAGUCUGUAGCUACACUAGUCGGAACGCUGGAAGGGAAAAGCCUUGCCACUCGUGCUUGCUCAGGAGAGAAACCCAUAAAUGUAGGGCUGAACUCAUUCACAAACUUAAAGGCGCCUCUUACAGAGAAAAACAGAGCCCUCAGGCCAAGCUGUCAUCAAAACUCCGAGACCGUAUCAAACAGGAGCACGAGUACUAAAGUUUCAGUCAACCAGCAAAUACUGUACCUCAACGAAGAUGCAAAAUCUAGGAACACUCCACACCCUGCAUGCCCGGUGCAUUCAGUCUGUAGGGGCAAUCUGAUCCAUUCAUUACCUACUCCUGCCACUAAUGACAUACUAUCCACACAAACAACAGCCAUUUUACAUUCAAAGACUAUCACUGUCACAAAGGCAACUAUAGAAACAAGACGAGGGGGUGGUUGUUUAAAGUCCCCAGAAAAAGAGUCACAGGACAAAAAAAUCCCCCGACCAACAAGUCUCCCACUGACUCCACUAAUGGCCACAGCUACCAAACCCCACAACCCACAUUUAAACACCUAUCCUGUGCACCUUAAAACAUCACAACAAAAUACUACACCGUACACUACACCACAAAGUGUGUGUGUAUCUGUACAUGCUAUACCUAAGACUCUAGCAAUUUCCAAUUCGCCAACGAAAGCAAAAACUGAAAUCGUUAAAAGCACGCUUUCGAAUGUUGUAGAGGCACCACACAAAACUAAACCCCAACAGUCAGCGUGUACAACACAUAUAAAAACAGCAACUGGCAUUUCCAAAGGGAUCGGUGUAUUUGACUCCAGUCAGAAAUCACAAACAAAUGCAACUAUGAAUUCACUUUACACUUCACUUGAUCCAGAUAAUAAACUCCAGGAAAAUACAUCUACAAAAGUUGAGGGAAAAUCAGCAACUUUUAUUGACACUGUACUGAACUCAUGCACAAAUACGUCACAUAAUACACCAUGCACUACAGGGAACUCAAAGAACACACCGUAUCGACAUGCUCAUGAUAAACAGCUUUCCACUAAAUCUGUGGCAACUCAAAGUCAUCAAAUUCAACCUGACUUUUCAUAUUUUGAAACUACAUCUCAUGUAUCUACAGCAUCUUUGAACACAACACCCAGUGAGUCUAAGUUCAGUGAUGGUCCUGCUGAGUUGUCGUCAUGUACAACCCUCAGCUCCACCCCAUCCUUAACUACAGCCUCUUCUUCUACAUUGACAGAAAGCCACAGUUAUACCUGUGUAUCAGGUACAACAUCAGUGCUUCAAUCCAGAGACGCAACGCAAUACAACAAAAUGCUGUGUUAUAAUGAGAUGAACCACACAAAUCAAACCUUAAACCUACACCCAACAGGAAUUAAUAAUCUUGCCAGUGAUGGAUCUGAUUUACAAGGCAACUCAUCAUCUUCAGACAUUUUAGAUGAGAUGCAAACUGUGCCAAAAAAUCACAAUCAAGUCAGUGACGCUUCAGAUACAUCACUGAACCGCAAUGAUGGCUGUAAGACAGAAGCUACUGAUCACCAUGCAGAUCCAUCCAGUUCCAGUUCCAUUAAUCUAUCAAAAAGUGAUAAACGCAAAUGUAAUGGUAAUCUAAUCAAUGAAUUAGUCAUGCAGCAGUCACAAGACCAUAAAAACUCAAGUUCCACACAGGUCACUGACCUUCAGAACUAUAUUUCCCUAAUUAAAUCAAACAGCUCUUGUCUGCAGGGUCGCAUAAACUCAACACAACAAAGGCUAGCACAUUAUGAAGGAUGCAUGGGAACAGAACAUGAGGGACACAGCGUUACAUGCCCACCAGUAAAAACAGUGGCAGAGAAAGAUUCAAAUACAGAACACUUUGCCUUGGGCGUAUCAACCAGGCAUGCAAAUAUUCAGCUUAAAUCCAAUGCAGAUGAACAGACACAUCCCAGUUGCUCAGAAACUUCUGUCACAGAGAAAAAAAUCUGUGAGCGCACGGGCACAGCAGUGAUAAAUACUUCUACACAUAUCAACCCCAACCGUGGCUCUUCCUUUCACCACAGCUCUGACUCAGAUGUAUCAUUGCUACCACAGGCACACACAGGUCCGGGUUUUUCUCUCACUGCACCAGUCCCUUCCUACAGCGAGGAACAGCUUUGUCUGCACUCUGGCCCUGAAUGCAAUUCCAUAUUGCCCUCAUCAACAAUACACUUGGCAUCCAUUCCCCGCCUCCAGCCCAGAGAGAAAGAGGGAACAGUCAGACCAGAUUCAAAGUUUAGCCCUGCUCCCCCUCAGGUGUACCCAGAGGACACCAGCUUGGCUCACUCCCACCCAGCUGAUGCAGCCCUGUUGCUGCCUCCUUCCCCACAGUGUUGCAAAUCAGCAGCGCUACAGCAGAGGCUGGAGACUGUGGAGGCCAGCCUAGCAGCCAACAAAGACAGGAUCACCACUCUGCUUAACAUUAUCCAUGACCUGGAGACGUGCCACACUCCCACCAGUGGUCAGCAAUGCAACAGAACUGGACAGGAUCUCAAAAACUGUUCAAUCUGCCAGAAGACUGCUUGUAUCGUUUACAGUGUGGAGUAUGACUUCAGACAGCAGGAAAGACGCUUCUUGGAGGUUCUGAAUCAUUCAACCACGGGCAAUAAUGCUUUCUCCAUGCACUCAUCCCAGACUCUCAACUUCAAACUGCUCAGAAAUGGCAUAAUUAAGAACUUGACUGUAUCAAAGGUGAAAAGCAAAAAACUGUGCAAAUCUCUCUUCAAAUGGCUGCCCAGGAAAACCCAGCAGGUCUAGACCUCACACCAAUACCCAUGUGUUGUUUAACAGCCAGUUGUCUGUGUACCAGUGACCAGCAGAAGCCUUUGCAGAGGAUUCUUAUUAUUCCCUUCCUACCGUAGAAUGAGAUUACUCUGAAUGAGGCUUUUACCCAGUAGAGUUCCACUCUCCUGCACAUUGUCAAAGCUCAAAAAAAGGAUUUUGUACUUAAAUUUGCCUCUGAUCUUUGUGACCUCCAGGUAGUAUCAUCCAUAUGGAAUCAUUUGUUUCACUUCUAAAUGCUAUUUUGAUGUCAAUGUGUCCAAUGAUAUCUAUGGCUGUACAUUUUAAUAGAAUUUUACAUAUGAGAUUCCAUUAAUUGCUCCCUUGCACUUCAGGCUUUAGUUGUUGUUCCCAUUCCUUAUCAACUGUCCCAUGCUUGUCCUAAUAUCAACUGUGUAAAAUAAGCUUUUGGAUGAAAUCAUUUUGAACUGCAAAAAAUAAAAUGGAUUUACUCACUGUGA